UAUGCAGAGCACUCAGAGCAGGUGCCAUGACGUCCCUCCUCCCUGCUCUUCUCUGCCUCGGGCUGAGUCUGGACCAGAGGAUCCACACGCAGGCAGGAACCCACCCCAAACCCACCAUCUGGGCAGAGCCAAGCUCUAGGAUCCCUCUUGACAGCUCCGUGACCCUCUGGUGUCGGGGAACCAUGAAAGCAAAGGAGUACUGUCUGUAUACAGAUGACAUGCCUAUGUGCUUGGACAGACAGAAACCGGCAGAGCCUGGGGACAGGGCCAAGUUCUUCAUAGAUGUAAAUUAUGCAGAAAUAUAUUCCUGCACCUACCUCAGCCCCACUGGCUGGUCAGAGCACAGUGACCCCCUGGAGCUGGUGCUGACAGGAAUCUACAACAAACCCAGCCUCUCAGCCCUGCCCAGCCCUGUCGUGACCUCAGGAGGGAACGUGACCCUCCAGUGUGGCUCAGGGGAAAGAUUUGACAGGUUCAUUCUGACUAAGGAAGGAGAACGCAGGCUCUCCUGGACCCUGGACUCACAUCCAGAUCCCAGUGGGCUGUCCCAAGUCCUGUUUCCUGUGGGCCCCGUGACCCCCAGCCACAGGUGGACAUUCAGAUGCUAUGGCUUAUUUAAGAAAAGCCCCCAGCAGUGGUCUGACCCAAGUGACCCCCUGGAUCUACAGUUCUCAGGACCCCCUGUGGGCACCAGCCCCCCACCCACAGAAGCCAUCUCCACAGCUGUUUCCCAUCCCCAAGACUGCACAGUGGAGAAUCUCAUCCGGAUAUGUGUGGCUGGAUUGGUCCUGGUGGUGCUUGGGGUGCUGCUAUUUCAGGCUCAAACCAACCAGCAAAGGACCCAUGAUGCAGCCAGGACUUAA